UUCCUUUCAUUUCUUUCUCCUAUAUUUCCACCGUCGCACCGACUCACUCUCACUCACUGAACUCAGCUCAGUUUUCCUUUCUCUUUCUUAGUCUUGAACUCAUAUUUGAUCUUUAGAAAUGGGUUCUCGGAGCGGGUUGCACCAGCUGAGCAAUGGGUUGUACGUGUCGGGGCGGCCGGAGCAACUAAAGGAGCGGCAGGCGACGGUGGCAUUGCGCGCAGUGCCAUACACCGGCGGCGACGUCAAGAAUUCCGGGGAGCUAGGGAAAAUGUACGGUAUAGAUUUCUCGAGCGGGGACCACUCGAGCCCGCCGGUGCCGAGGCUGUCUUCUAGAGCUUCCUCGUCUUCACAGCACACCAGCGGAUCCGUCAGAUCCGGCCCGAACUCCGGCCACCUUGCUCACAAAGCCAACGGCUCUGGCCCGUUCCCCAAGAAGUCCCCGUCCUCCUCCUUCUCCGGGCCAAUCAUGACGCCCAUUCAGCCCACCGGGCUCCUCACCUCCGGCCCGUUGAGUUCCAGCAGCGUCGGCCGCCGCUCCGGCCCGCUCGAGCCAACCGCUUCUUUUAGCAAACCCGUCGUCUACGGCUCCGCGGUGACGAGCUUGAGUGAGGAGGUGAAGCUGCGGUUUAGAGUGUCAAGACUAGCAAUGUGGGUGGUUUUGCUGCUGCUUCUGAUGACUCUGGUGGUGGGGGCAUUCUUGAUGGUGGCGGUGAAGAAGGCGGUGAUACUCCUGGCGGCGGCCGGAAUUCUAGCUCCACUUUUCGUCUUCUUGCUUUGGAAUUUUGCGUAUAAGCAACGAGGAUUUAUGGGAUUCUUGAAAAGAUUCCCAGAUUCUGAGCUUAGAGGCGCCAUUGAUGGACAUUACGUCAAGGUCACUGGGGUUGCCACUUGUGGCAGUAUCCCUUUGGAAACAUCUUUUCAGAAGAUAGAGAGAUGUAUAUAUGUUUCGACUGAAUUGUAUGAAUACAGAGGCUGGGGUGGGAAACCUGCAAAUCCCCGACAUUGUUUCUUUUCAUGGGGACAAAGGCAUUCUGAGAAAUAUGUGGCGGACUUUUACAUAUCAGACUUCCAGUCUGGAUUGAGAGCUCUGGUGAAGACAGGCUAUGGCGCUAAAGUUGCUCCUUUCGUCACACCUUCAACAGUUGUUGACAUAACGAAGAAUAACAGAGAGCUAUCUCCGAAUUUCUUAAAAUGGCUUGCUGACAGAAAACUCUCGAGUGAUGACCGUAUAAUCCGCCUUAAAGAAGGUUACAUACAAGAAGGUAGCACGGUAAGUGUAAUGGGGGUCGUGAGGCGCCAUGAUAAUGUGCUAAUGAUUGUUCCACCCGAAGAACCUGUCUCGACAGGUGUUCAAUGGACUCGGUGUCUACUCCCAACUAACAUCGAAGGUCUGGUCUUGACAAGCGACGACUGUCAGAAUGCUGAUGUGAUUCCCGUAUAGAUUCUGUGGUAAUGUUCUUCACUGUGAUUCGGGCUAUCUGGAUGGCAACCAGGUAUAUAUAU